AGUUCUAACACUUGUUGACGUGGAGAGCAUUCAUUGGAACGUUGGCGUGGAGGAGCGCAGCAGCUUGAACCUUGAACCGCUUUAAGCCUGAAACAUGGGGUCAAAGCCAAGUUCGUGAACUCGGACAUGAGUUGACUCUCGGGCUCGCGCCAGAUCCUCUGAUCCCUCUUCCCCUCUCUCUUCAAUCAUAUCUUCAAGCCAAGGUCCGGUUUCAAAGGAUUCUCUAAGAUUCUCGGGAAACAAACUGUAGGGUUUUACUUUAUUUUGCCUGUCUGUGGCCGAUUUUUGUUGGGAGUGUGAGAUCAGAUGGCGGAUGGGACAUCGCACUCGCGGUAUGUGAAGCUGACCAAGGAUCAGGUGCCUCUGGAGGAUAUUAAGCCUGGAGAGCUUAAUCAGCCAAUCGAGGUUCCCCAGUUGUCUGUUCACAAGUGCAAUGAAUGUGGUCAACCUCUACCUGAAAGCUUUCAGCCUCCUGCAGAUGAACCUUGGACAACGGGGAUUUUUGGCUGUUCUGAAGACAAAGAAAGUUGCUGGACCGGACUAUUCUGUCCAUGUGUUUUGUUUGGGCGUAAUGUUGAAAGCUUGAGAGAAGAUAUGCCUUGGACGCAACCAUGCAUGUGUCAUGCCGUUUGUGUUGAAGGUGGCAUUGCUCUGGCAGCUGCAACUGCAGUUUUCCGUUGUAUUAACCCAUCAUAUCUCGUUUGUGAGGGUUUAUUGUUUGCCUGGUGGAUGUGUGGGAUAUACACAGGUCUUGUUCGGCAAUCCUUGCAGAAGAAAUAUCAUUUGAAGAACUCGCCGUGUGACCCGUGCUUGGUGCACUGCUGCUUGCACUGGUGUGCCUUGUGUCAGGAGCACAGGGAGAUGAAAGGACGCCUCUCAGAUAAUGUUGUAAUGCCCAUGACCAUCGUCAACCCUCCCCCUGUCCAAGAGAUGAAGCCCACCGAAGAAAAUCAGGACUCUGCUCCAAUCUCGGGGAAGAACGAGCACACCAAUUUGGAAAUGCAGGCUCUGUAGGUUCCACCAUGUUGGUAUGACUAAAUGAAUAUAUGAUAUCUCAAUAGAGAUUUCGUUUAUGAGUGCAGAGUGCCUCGUGCUUUUAGAAGAUUAGGGUCACAUGUAAAAGGAUAUUAUAGUGAUUUUUUAAACCAUGGGACAAAUUUUGUGAAA